AUGUUUACUAGUAUAUAUAUAUAUAUAGGAGUUGCCCAUAAAGCCAAACAAAGGAGAAACAAGAGUGUUGUCCCACCCACGCAUGAGACUGUGGACAAUGUGAGUGGGGAUCGUGGGGCAAGGGAAGUGUAUCCAGGCACGGUGGAGACAGCUUUACCUGCGGUGCAAGAUGAUCGAAUCGGCUCGACAGCCUUGGUGGUGCAUAAUGAUCAAGAAGCAGGGAGCCAGGAGAACAUUGAUGCACAGUGCAAAGAAGCAACGGUGGGGGGCACUAUUGAGGUGGUCUUGGGAUGCCCAAGCCCGAUCGGCUCUCAGGAAGGCACCCCAGAGGGGGUGAGUUUGCAAAAGGAUAACCCUAUCCCUUUAAUAACGUGUGAAGACCAGGUGGCAAGCCAAGACCCAUUGGCAACUGUAACAGCCUUUUAUGAGAUUAGACAGGUGGAUGCAGCUCUUGUGGGUACUUUCACACCAGUUACCAAAAGAUCAGGUAAACAACCUUUGAAGUGCCUGGGAUUCAGUAUGGAUUUUAUUCAUAAUGAGAGAAUGGGGAAGAAUCCAAACCUAUGGAUAGUCUGGAGGGAUUCACUUUCUAAGCCGGUGGUCUAUAGCACUUCUAAUCAGCAAGUCACUGUAUUCAUGGAUGUGAGGGGAGAAAAAAAUUUUCUUUCUACAGUUCAUGCAAGUAACUUUCGUGCUCUGAGGAGAGACCUAUGGGUGGAUCUUUUGAGUGAGCCUAUAUCAGCGCUACCCUGGAUUGUGUUGGGUGACUUCAACGUAACUGUACUGGCGUCUGAGAAAAGGGGGCCUAGUGCUUUUCAUAUAGGGUCAGCGAUGGACUUUGCGGCUUUUUUAGACUCUUCUUCAGUCUUGCCAUUACCGUCAAAAGGGAAUAAAUUCACCUGGAGCAACAGUAGGAAGGGAGGUAAUGCUACUGCAGUGCUGGAUAGAAGUUUCUGUAACCCUGCCUGGCUAGAUCGGUACCAUGAUGCUUACCAGUGGGUACUCCUGAUGUUUGUGUCGGAUCACUCCCCUAUUGUGAUUUUUUCUGAUUCUGUGCCAAAGCCUGUGAACUGCCCCUUUCAGGUUGCAACGUUUCUGAAGUUAAAGAGAUUAAAAGUGAAUCUUAGAGCUUGGUCCAGAUCUGCCUUCCCAAAUGUUAACAUAGAGGUGGACCGAGCAAGAGCUGCACUACAGGAUGCCCAAGAGGUUAUGGAAACGGUGGGAAGCACGGAGUACCUUAUUCUGUGUGAAAGCCAAGCCAAACAAGAGUACAUCAAUGCAAUCACACUGCAAGAAAAACUAUGGUCAGAGAAGUCCAGAGUCCGGGUUCUCACCUAUGGUGACCGCAACACAAGAUUCUUCCACCUGGUAACUAAGAUCAGGUGCUCCAAGAAUCUCAUUCAGGUCUUAAAGAAGGCGGAUGGGACUGUACUUAAUGAUGGACCCCAAAUCAGCACCUAUAUUACGGAGUUCUAUGAAGCUUUCCAUAAGAGAGUAACCAUUGAAGCACAGCCAGAGAUCCUAUCUUGCAUCCCUACAGUAAUCUCUAAAGACGACAAUGACUUUCUUACAGCAGUUCUAAGCAGGGAGGAGAUUAAAGUUGCAACCUUUGACUUGGACCCAGAUAGUGCUCCUAGCCCGGAUGGGUUCCCAGGAGCGUUUUACAGAUCCUGCUGGGAUAUUAUAGAGAGAGCUAUGUGUCGUGCAAUCUCGAAUUUUUUUAUUGAUGGCAUCAUCACCAAGGGGGUCAACAGUAAUUUUAUCACACUCAUCCCGAAAGUAGAGGAGGCGAUUGCUCUUGACAAGUUUCGGCCUAUCUGUGUAGGUAAUUUUCUCUAUAAGCUGAUCCCAAAAAUUCUUGCUACCCGUUUGUCAGGUUUUCUCCCUACGCUGAUCUUAGAGGAACAGGGUGCUUUCCAGAAGGGGAAAGUCAUUUUCUCCAACAUUUGUGUGGCGUCUGAGCUUACUAAUUCACUACAUGUGAAGUCCUAUGGUGGGGGGAUGGGACUUAAGCUGGACAUUCAAAAAGCCUAUGACACCAUGGAAUGGGAGUUUAUGUUUGAUGUCAUGAAAAAAUUUGGCUUCAACAACAGAUGGGUAAACAUGAUUCAUCAGCUACUUUCUUCUGCCAGACUUUCUAUUCUCCUUAAUGGAGGACCAGUCGGCUUCUUUGGUGUAGACAGAGGACUUUGA